AUGUUUGAUGCAUUAAAGGGUGCUAUACUAAUGAAUCAAACAAUGAAAAAACAAAAUCAACCAGUAAAUCAACCACCACCACCAAUGGAUGAUUUUACUCUUAAGGUGACUUCCCCAAACAUACACUCCAAGAAAAAGGGUAUAGUAGGUGCAUUUGACUUGGUGGAAUCUAUGGAGUUCUUAUACAUCAGAAUAGUUAAAGCUAAGGAACUUUUCAUACCUACUGAUGAUUUAAGGUAUGAUCCUUAUGUUGAAGUAAGAAUUGGAAACUACAUGGCUUUAACCAAACAUGGCGAAAAGAUUCCUAAUCCUGAAUGGAAUCAAGUCUUUGCAUUCUCCAAGGAUCGAAUUCACACUGCUUUUAUCGAGAUUUUGAUGAAGAGUAAGAGCUCGAAAGGAGAUGGGGUGAUGGGUAGGAUAGUACUUGAUAUGAAUGAGGCUCCAAAACGAGCCCCUCCAGAUAGUCCGUUAGCCCCUCAAUGGUAUAAGUUAGACGGUUGGGGAGAGGCGCAUGUGAUGGGCGAGUUAAUGUUGGCUGUUUGGAUGGGGACUCAAGCGGAUGAGGUAUUUACCGAAGCAUGGCAUUUGGACGCAGUUGGUGUAACUUACGAUGGUAUUGUUAAUACGAAGUCGAAGGUGUAUAUGUCUCCGAAACUUUGGUAUCUUAGAGUAAAUGUAGUACAAGCUCAGAAUCUCGAGAUGAAAGAUAAGAAUAGAAGGCCAGAUGUGUUUGUUAAAGCUGUGUUUGGGGAAACGGUUGCUAAGACAAAAAUAUCGUUUUGUAGGAAUAAUUUAAGUCCAAUGUGGAAUGAAGAUCUGAUGUUUGUUGCUGCAGAACCCUUUGAGAAUGUAUUGGUGUUGACAGUAGAAGACAAGGUUGGGAACAAUAAGGAGGAAGUUAUCGGAAGGUGUGUGAUUCAUGUAGGAACAUUAGAGAGGAGGUUAAUAGGCAAGUCGGUUGAUUCUAGAUGGUUUACUCUCGAGAAAUUAGUGGUAACUCCGGGUGCAGAUGGAAAAAAGAAAACCGAUUGGGUACCAUGUAACAGCAAGAUUCAGUUAAGGGCAUCUUUGGAUGGUGGGUAUCAUGUACUCGAUGAGUUUACUCAUCAUAGUAGUGAUAUGAGGCCGACUGUGAGGCAACUAUGGAAACAGGAAAUCGGGGUUUUAGAAUUAGGAAUCCUGAAUGCAACCGGAUUGCCACCAAUAAUGAAGAAAAAUGAAGGUCAAGAAAGAACAGACGCGUAUUGUGUGGCUAAAUAUGGCCAGAAAUGGGUUAGAACAAGGACUAUUAUAGACAGUUUUUCGCCUCAGUGGAACGAACAAUACACUUGGUUGGUUUACGAUCAUUGUACUGUGAUCACAGUUGGGGUUUUCAAUAACUGUCAUUUGCAAGGCCCCGAAAACAAUAAGAAUGUUCAGGAUUUGAGAAUUGGUAAGAUAAGGAUCCGAUUAUCCACCCUUCAAACCGAUCGAAUCUAUACUCACUCAUAUCCGCUUCUUGUCUUACAACCUCAAGGAUUGAUGAAAAUGGGCGAGCUUCAGUUAUCUAUUCGUUUUACUUGCUCGUCUCUACAAAACUUAUUACAAAUAUAUACUAGCCCUAUUCUUCCUAUAAUGCAUUACAGUCAUCCUUUAUCCUUAUAUCAGCAAGAAAACCUGAGACACCAAGCGACUCAGUUGCUGUCAUCAAGGUUAGGCCGUUCAGAGCCACCUUUAAGGAAGGAAGUUGUCGAGUAUAUGUUAGAUUACGAUUCACGAACAUGGAGCAAACGAAGAACAACAACUAACUGUCAGAGGAUCAAGGCUGCGCUUUCUGGUCUAGAACGCGCAAUGCAAUUUCUAGAAAUCAUACGCAGCUGGAAGAAUCCGUUCAUAACAAUUUUGGUGCACUUAUUUCUGUUGUUUUUAAUUUUCUUCCCGAGCUACAUAUUUUCAUCGAUAUGCCUAAACCUAAGUGUGAUCGGGAUUUGGAACUAUAGUACACGUCCUAGAAACCCACCACACAUGGAUCCUGUUCUGUCUAACGCGCUGAAAGUGGCGUCAGAGGAUUUAGAAGAAGAAUUUGAUCGAAUCCCCACAACUUGCAAGAACAACGAGACAUUAAAGUUUAGGUACAAUAGAUUACGAACAAUAGCAGGGCAAGUACAGAUACUGUUAGGAGACUUGGCAACUCAACUAGAGAGAUUACAAGCACUUUUGAAUUGGAGGGAUCCUAGAGCUACUGCCUUAUUUGUGUGCUUUUGUAUAGUUUCUGGGGUACUACUUGCAAUUGUUCCUAUAAGAUGGGUUUUUAUAGGGCUGUUGUUUUACAUUUUAAGGCCUCCUAGCUUUAGAAGCAAGGUUCCAUCUAUGCCUCUCAAUUUCCUCCGUAGAUUGCCUGCAAAAACAGAUUCAUUGCUUUGA